GCUCCUGUGUCUGUCUGUGAGCUGCUUCCUUCACCCUCACACACACACCGACACACACUCCAGCCUCCUGUCUCUGCACUGAGGACACCUCCGGGUGUGUGUGAGAGAGACAGAGUGUGUCCAACUUUCUGUGCUGGAUCUUUAAACCCUGUCGAGCCUCGCUGAUCUUCUCCUCCUCCUCUCACUGGGAAGAAAACAUGACGGACGCGGCAACCAACAUGCGGCUGAAGCUGCCGGUCGUCUGCUUCAUCCUGGAGAUCAUCCUCAUCAUCCUCUUCGGCACGCUGGUGCAGUACAACUAUGAGACGGAUGCAAAGGAGUGGCAUAACAAAACGCACCAUGACUACGAGAACGACUUCUACUACCGCUACCCAAGUUUCCAGGACGUGCACGUGAUGAUCUUCAUCGGCUUCGGCUUCCUCAUGACCUUCCUGCAGCGCUACGGCUUCAGCAGCGUGGGCUUCAACUUCCUGAUCGCAGCCUUCUCCCUGCAGUGGGCCACGCUCAUGCAGGGCUUCUUCCACGGUAUGCACGGAGGCAAGAUCCACAUCGGGGUGGAGAGUAUGAUCAACGCUGACUUCUGCACCGGAUCUGUGCUCAUCUCAUUUGGAGCCGUCUUGGGUAAAACCAGCCCCGUCCAGCUGCUCAUCAUGGCGAUGUUCGAGGUCACGCUGUUUGCUGUCAAUGAGUUCAUCCUGCUCAGUGUUCUGGGGGCCAGGGACGCCGGAGGCUCCAUGACCAUCCACACCUUUGGAGCCUACUUUGGCCUCAUGGUGACCAGAAUCCUGUACCGGCCCACCCUGGACAAGAGCAAACAGAGGAACUGCUCGGUGUACCACUCUGACCUGUUCGCUAUGAUCGGUACCAUCUACCUGUGGAUGUUCUGGCCCAGCUUCAACUCGGCCAUCACGGCUCACGGAGACGACCAGCACCGCACAGCCAUGAACACCUACUACUCCCUGGCAGCCUGCACGCUGUCCACCUACGCCAUGUCCGCCCUCACGGCACACGACGGCAAGCUGGACAUGGUCCACAUCCAAAAUGCCGCUCUGGCCGGUGGAGUCGCAGCGGGAACAGCUGGUGAAAUGAUGCUGACGCCUUUCGGCUCCAUGAUUGUUGGUUUCUUGGCCGGCAUCAUCUCUGUUCUGGGCUUCAAGUACCUCUCACCCGUCCUGGAGGAAAAACUGAAGAUCCAAGACACCUGCGGCGUUCACAACCUGCACGGCAUGCCCGGCAUCCUGGGGGCCAUCGUGGGAGCGGUGACUGCUUCUUUGGCAACCAAAGAAGUUUAUGGAGACGGGAUGGAAGACGUGUUCCCUAAAGUGGCCGACGGCACCAUCGAGGCGUCUUACCAGGGCGGAAUUCAGGCCAUUUCCCUCGCCGUGACCCUCGGGGUCGCCCUGCUGGGAGGGCUUGUUGUCGGUUUCAUUCUGAAGCUGCCGGUCUUCGGCGCUCCUCCUGACACCAUCUGCUUUGAGGACAGCAUCUACUGGGAGGUGCCCGGAGACGAGGCGGGUCACGAGGGCCAGCUGACCACCGUGAGGACGGAGGAGUCUGAGAAGCUCAACAGUUAGACACACACACACUGAGGUCUUAGCAUCCUAGCACUUGAGUAUUACGUCCUUUAGGUUGUAAAAAAAUGUACUUGCAUCACCCUCAUGUCAACUGCCAAAUGUCUGUUUUUGUGUGUAAAAACUCUUUUUUUUUUUCCAUUUUGAACUCCCUUCCAGAGGUUAUUGACAGCUUUUCCCACUAGAGGCCGCUCUAGAGCUGUGUCGCGCUGUGCUUCAGGCCUGUGAAAAGACUGCAUUGGGAAAUGAUGUGUCUAUUUGAUGAAAGAUGUUGUCUAAUUGUCCCCUAAACCAGGCCAAGACAGGGUUACAGAGUUUAAUAUCAGUUCAAACCAAAGACAAACAGACUCAGAGCCAGAAACCUCCUUUCAGCAUGCGGCCUCACUGAGUCUUGGGAAAUAUCAAAUUAAAAGAUGGAGCACAUUUUCAUAGCAAACCAGUUUUUGUUUUUACUAUUUUCUAUAUUUUAAAUAAAAGGAUUUUCAUGCAAAAUAAUGCAGAGACAUAAUGAUGUUUUUUUACGUAGGUAUUAUCUCCUGAUACUUUAGGUUUGGGAUUUCCUGUCAUUUUAUUUUUCAUAUUAAACUGUAUUCGAUUAGUGAGAAUAGAAAUGUCACUGUUAUGUACCUCUAUGUGAAUUCUAUGUUGGACCUUUUUUUAGAUUGGCCUGAAUCAUUUGGUAAAAGCUGCAUUCACUGUUUUAUUUUCUGUGAAUUUAAAGUAUAAUUGAAACACAAUAUGGGAUUAGUUUUCAAAAAUAAAUACAGACGUGUUUGUCUCA